CUCAUUCAAGAGAGAAAACCUCCUUUCUUUCUUUCAUUCUUUCUUUUCUUUUCUUUUUUUCUUUCCCUUUCGUUCUCUCCUUUCUAGGUCAACAAGUAGAGGAACUUGCACUGCUGUUAAACCAACAUGGGGAGCUUUAUUAGUCCAAGUCUAGUUUUCAUAUUCUGGUCAAAGAAGAUAGCUCAUUCCAAUGAGAGCUAACCCAAUUCUCUUUUGUAUAUUUGCUUUCAGAUAGAGUUGAUCUUCAUUUUUUUUUUUUUUUUUAUUGUUCAUCUUAAUUUUAUCAGCUAGAUCUAGUAGAAAAAGGGCAACUAUUGGUCAUGGAUUUGGGGUUUGGAAGAGAAGGGUUUAGUGAAGAUGAGCAAAUGGGGAAAGGAAAGUUAAUUCCUUUUUCGAAUUCUUCUUCAUCGUCUUCUCAUCAGUACAAAACCCAGCUGAUUCCUCUCCGAUGGGAUCAACAGCCGCCGCCGCCGCCGCAGAUGGGUUCCAACUGGUUGGGCAGCAAGUACGGUCCGGAUGAUGACAACGACGGAGCCGCUACUGCCACCACCGCGAACAACGAGGAGUCAAGACGCGGAGACUCAGAUUCAUCCGCGCCUGACCUCAGGAGUGCAAGUUCACACAUCGAGAAGGAGCACAUGUUCGAUAAAGUUGUGACUCCCAGCGAUGUAGGAAAGCUGAAUCGGCUCGUUAUUCCAAAGCAGCACGCCGAGAAGUAUUUCCCUUUAGAUUCUUCCACCAACGAGAAGGGUCUUCUGCUGAAUUUCGAGGACCGGAAUGGGAAGCCAUGGAGAUUCAGGUACUCUUACUGGAAUAGCAGCCAGAGCUACGUGAUGACCAAGGGCUGGAGCCGCUUCGUGAAGGAGAAGAAACUCGACGCCGGUGAUAUAGUCUCGUUUCAGCGAGGAGUAGGUGAGGCGGGUAAAGAUCGUCUGUUUAUAGAUUGGAGGCGGAGGCCCGAUGCGCCUGAUCUUACGUCGUUUCAUCCUCAACAACACUUCAAUUUUCAACGGUCGCUCCCAUGGAGUCCAAUGUUAACGCGCCCGGCGCCGAUUCUCAAUAGAAACAGCUAUUACGGCGGUUAUGCUGCGGUAGGUGGUAAUGUGGUAAAUCACGGGAAUCCCGGAGGGGCAAUUGGGUCAGUGUUCUACUUGAGAUCGGCAGGGGCGGCUGCAGCCCCACAUCAUAUGAAUAUGGGGAUGGGGAUGGGGAUGAGGAUGGGGAUGGAGUGGCAGCAGCACGCCGGAGGGGUAGAGCCUAUUGUGUUUGAGUCGGUGCCGGUGGUACAAGGGAAGGCGGCAGCCAAGAGAUUAAGGCUGUUUGGAGUCAACAUGGAGUGCCCCAUCACGGAAUCCGACGACUGUGAAAUAAUAUCUUCAACCUCAAUAGCGGCACCACAGCCAGUGGCGCCUCCUCAUCUUUCUUCAUCUUCCCACCAUUCUCCCCAGUUAAGACUCUACAAUGGCACCCCACUUCCUCAGUCAGAAUUCCUCACUUCAAGCAAAGGAAACACUUCCUCAUCCUUAGAUUUGGAUAUCUGAUCCUAUUAGUUCAAUUCGCUCAAUUCCUCCUAAUAGUCAAUGCAAAGCUUCUCAAGUCAGCCACCGCACCGCAACCACCACCACCACAAAGAACAAAGCUGAUGCCUCAUUUUCAAUUUAUUCAGAAAUUCAGAAAGGGUGGCUCAUGGGUCAGUACUACCCAUAAAACUAUACUCAAUAAAAAGUGCAUAUUAGGAUGAAAAUGAGUAUGAGUAUGAGCAUGACCAAGCUGAGUUUGUGUAUAAAUAUAUGAUACAUUUUUAUAGGGAUAGAACAUAGUGAUACAUAGAUGAUAUUGGGAGAGAUAUUGAUUGCUUUUCUAGAGCCUGUUACGUUUCUCUCCAAUACCAUUGUUAGCCACUGAAAUUGGGUUGCUAUGGAAUUAUCUUUAUUCUCUUUCUUCUGCCGUCUAGUUAAUUAACAACCUUCCCUGACUCUUCAGUAACUCAUGAGCUGCUGCCUGAUGUUAUUGAAGUUUUUUGUCUCUUUUGUUUUUACCUUGGUAGGUUGUUCUGGUCGCUGCUUCGUUGGGCACGCCCCGCAGGUAUUUUUGCAGAGCCUUUUAAAAGGUCGGUUUUAUUUGUCUCUCUAUUUUCUUUGGUUACCAAUCUUCUCACAUUUUUAAAUGUUUAUAAUACACAUCAUCUGUUUUA